CAGCUGUCAGCAUGUGACCAGUACACAGUGGGUGCCCCAGGAAGUUAUCACUGAGAGCUACUUUAGAAAUGGGAAGAGACCAGGGCCAGGACUGAGGAAUCAAGAACUUAUUAUGAGACAAGUCAGAAAAAUGUAGGCAUGGUUAGCCAUGUCCUCAGGUUCCGUCUCGGUCACUUUCCUCCCACUUGAGAAGCUGUAACAGCAGCAGGAUCCUCUGUGGACUGAGGAGACCGAGAGCCCACAGUGCAGCUGCACAGAGCUGGGUUGACCCUGACUGUCGCUACUGAGAUCUGGAGCCCCAGCUGUGUUCAGUAGGAAUAAAAGUGCAGGCUGAUAGGAUGUGGUGGUGACAGCCUGGCAUGAGCAGCAGGCUAGGGACCGGAAACCAAGUACCAGCUCACUUCCCAAAGCCAACAGAGACCAGGACCAGGGUGUCAGUCAGGGUUCAGGAAAGACUGAGAGUGACCCUAGAAUGCAGGUGUAGAAAGAAGACGAGGACAGCAGGGCUGGAAGGAUGGAGGAAUUGGAGGCACAGAGAAGAGGCCUAGCAGAAGACAUGCAAGACAGAGAAGAGUGUUUAACUCCUCGGCCCCGACCUCAUGCUUUAUGGGUGUGCAGCAUUGUGUUUGGGCACACCCUCCACGUGCUGUGUGUGCCCAGAAGUUCUCAGUGAGGAGGAAGCUGCCCUGCGUGAUGCACUGAAGGAGCAUUUAGCCCAGGAGCCCACAGGUGAAAAUGAUGAAACAGAAAAGAGGCAGCAGAAGGAGAAUUUUCUGAAAGAAUUUCCUGAGUUGAAAAGGAAACUUGAAGAAUACAUCCGGAAGCUCCGAGCUCUGGCUGACCAUCUUGACCAGGUGCACAAGGGCUGCACCAUCUCCAAUGUGGUGUCCGGCUCCACCAGCAUCGCCGCUACAAUCAUUGGAUUCGCUCUGGCACCCUUCACAGGAGGGGCCUCUCUGAUUAUCUCAGCAGCUUCACUGGGUCUAGGAGCAGCAGCAGCUGCAGCUGGUGCCACCACUUCCAUUGUGGAAGCAUCAAUGAGAGGGGCUGAUGAAAGUGAAGCCAGGCGCCUGGUUGGAGCCAGCACGGACAUAGUGAACAGAAUUUACAAGAUCAUGCCUUUAGUCUCAAUCAAAUUUGGUAAGAUGGGUGUGGAAUUAUUCAUUGCCUGGAAAACCCUCAGGGAUCAUAUCCAAGUCAUCAGGACAGCCAGAACCAGGAACUUCACAACCAUUAGACAUGGUAUUAGGCAGUUGAGGAAUCUCAUACCACACAAUAUUCCCCCAGUAACCAGAGGAGUCAGGAUUGCAAGAGGAGUUGGUACUGGUUUAACGUUUGGAUUAGAUGUGUUUAACCUUGUGACUGACUCAAUGGAUUUGCACAGUGGGGCAAAGACACAGACAGCUGGAGCGCUACGGGACCUGGCUAACAAUCUAGAAGAGAAGUUGCAUGAAUUUGAGCAGCUCCACAAGGCUCUGCGGUCAGACCUGCCUCAAUGAUCCCUCCACCAAGUAGUUAGGAGUUCGGGGAAAUGACAUAUACAGAAGUGGGGACUGUGGGGCAUACCGUUACAAGGGAAAUAGCAUGUGAUCAAGUCUAUGGAACUGAAGGUUAAUGGGUUUCUAUUUAUCGCUGAGCAGAGUAAGGUCAAUGUAGAUAGCCAGUGCUUUAAGAAGGCAGGAACUCCUCUUGACAAUGAAGCAAAAAACAUCAAAUGGAAAAAAGAAAUCAUAUUUAACAAAUGGUGCUGGCAUAACUGGAUAUCACUAUGUAGAAGAAUGAAAAUAGGUCCAUAUCUAUCGCCAGGCACAAAACUCAAGUCCAAAUGGAUCAAAGACCUCAACAUAAAGCCAGUCACCCUGAACCUCAUAGAAGCGGGAAAUAUUGAACGCAUUGGCACAGGAGACCACUUCCUAAAUGUAACCCCAGUAGCACAGACACUGAGAGAAACAAUUAAUAAAUGUUGAUGGAGAGAGGGUCCCUUUGUUUAUCCUAGCUGCCCGGCUAGUUUACACCCAAAAUAACCACACAGAAACUGUAUUAAUUAAAACACUGCUUGGCCAUUA